UUCAGUCAUACACAUCACCUCGGGGGAGUCAGCCUCCCGGCUGACUCCCCAUGCUCACGCUAAACAAGCACCACACUUUCCCUCCGCUGACCCACAAUGUCAGCACGGCCUAAAGAAAGAAAGAGGACGAGUGUCCAGUCUUCCAGCUGUCUCUCGAUUCUGCAGUGGAACAGCAACGGACUCCGCGGACGGCUCGCUCAAGUAAGGGAUGAACUCUCACGCAGGCCCUACGACGUGCUCCUGAUCCAAGAGCCCAAGGCAGACGUUGCAGAUCUGAACAUCUCGGGCUACACGUUGCACACCUGCUGUGGAGCCAAAAAGAAUCCCUGCGCCAUCCCCUACGUGAACAACUCGCUGCCCCACUGUGGAAUCGACACAAGGGACUACUGCUCUGCAAGAGCUGAGAUCGUCGGUGUCCGCAUCCGAAGGGGUGAGCAGGAAUUCUCCGUAUUCACGUGUUAUGUCCACCUUGUCGGACAGUGGCGGUCCCGCGCACACGCGACUAUAAGAGCCACGGAGACUGGACACAUCAUUCUCGGGGGCGAUUUCAACGCGCACAACGAGCUGUGGGGGACAAACAGACGGAUGCGAGGGGUAGGCGACUUCAGUGCAACCUAG